AUGUUCCUGAACAAAACAAAAUUCGUGGGGUACAAAAGUAAACGUUUCGAAUCUGUCGAACCAUCGAAAAAGGAAGAAGUACCACCGAAAAAGGAAGAAGUACCACCGAAAAAGGAAGAAGAUGAGCUUCGUAUCUUCCUGACAUUAUACCUUCAAUUAUGUGAUGUACUAGCAGAAAUCAGCACUACAGGAGGCUCCUCGGGACUAACCAAUCAAUUUGCUCUUCUCACAUUCUCGAUGACCAUCCUUGGACUGAUCCAGUAG